GGGCUGCUGGGCUGACCACCGGGUUGAGCUGGUCGGCCGCUCCCUCAUGGAGUUACUUCUCGGAAGACCUUGGGCCGGCAGUGUUUAGAAUGCUCUCAGCUUCGACUUGAGAACUCGAGGGCUUUGGGGCUGUGAUGUUGGAUCAGACUCAACCGGCACUGCCCAGAACAACUCCCUGGGAACGGAAACUUUGGUGUUUGGGGCUUGCUUGGCCCGGGGAUGGCGCACGGGACAAUGUAGAUUCGCUUUCACCGCUCAGGCCUCCUCGGUGGGGAGGCAGAGUCCUCACGUGGCCUCCUGCCUCGCUCACAGCCUGUGUCCCAGGGAGCCCGGCUUGCAGACAGCAGUGGUGUCCAUGGGCUCUGCAGACCAUCAGUUCAACCUUGCAGAGAUCCUGUCGCAGAACUACAGUCUUCGGGAGGAGUGCACAGAGCCCCUGCGGUGCCCUGAGAAGCCCGAGGAGGAGCUGGACAAAGACUUCAUAUCCCAGGGCUCAUCCUCUCCGGUGCAGAGCAGUGACAUGCCCCUGGACGAGCUGCUGGCACUGUACGGCUACGAGGCAUCUGACCCCAUCUCAGAGCGGGAGAGUGAAGGUGGUGAAUCAGCCCCCAACCUCCCAGACAUGACUCUGGACAAGGAACAAAUCGCCAAGGACUUGCUUUCAGGAGAAGAGGAGGAGACACAGUCCUCUGCUGAUGACCUCGCCCCAUCUGUCACUGCCCAUGAGGGCUCAGUCCUCUUCCCCAGCCAAAGUGGGUCCCGCUUCCUGGCUGGUGACGGCAAAGAGCCGGGUUCCUCUGCUUCCUCUGACACCGAGGAGGAUGCUCUUCCUGCCAACAAAUGUAAGAAGGAGAUCAUGGUGGGACCUCAGUUCCAGGCUGACCUCAGCAACCUGCACCUGAGCCGACAUGAGAAGAUCUAUGAGAAUGAAGAUCAGCUGCUCUGGGACCCCAAUGUCCUCCCUGAGAGGGAGGUAGAAGAGUUCCUGUAUCGGGCUGCGAAGCGCAGGUGGCAGGAGAUGGCGGGUUCUCAGCUCCCUCAGGGAGAGACUGUGAUAGACAGCGAGCAGGCGCUGUACGAGCUGGUGAAGUGCAAUUUCAAUGUGGAGGAGGCCCUGCGGAGGCUGAGGUUCAAUGUGAAGGUGAUCCGAGAUGGACUGUGUGCCUGGAGUGAGGAGGAGUGCCGGAACUUCGAGCACGGCUUCCGUGUGCAUGGGAAGAACUUCCACCUGAUACAGGCCAACAAGGUGCGUACACGAUCAGUGGGCGAGUGUGUGGAGUACUAUUACCUCUGGAAGAAGUCGGAGCGCUAUGACUACUUUGCCCAGCAGACGCGGCUGGGCCGGAGGAAGUACGUCCCGUCUGGAACCACGUGCGUGCAGUGCUGCUGUAGCAGUAACGUCCGCGUCGGCCAGGCUGGGCUGCCCACUGCAGCCUGGGGGGACACAGACCAGGACCUGGAGGGAAGUGACCCUGAUGGCCCCACUCGUCCCCGCCCUGAGCAGGACACCCUGGCGGGGGUGCGCACAGAGCCGCUGAGCACGGAUGGCACGUCCAGGAGCCUUGGUGAGCCUGAAGUGGGCUCCCAUGGCCUGCUGUCCUCGGAGCCAGGGCCUUGCCCAUUCCCGCAGCUGGAUGAACCCCCUGCCGUGACCCUGCCCCAGCCGCCCCCAGCCCUGGCCGACCCAGCCGUGUACCCCUCUACUGCAGCUGCUCCAGAACCAGGUGCCAGCCCGAGACUGGCUGUGGACUUCACGCUGCCGGAGGAGCUGCCCCUCAUCUCCAGCCACGUGGGUCUGAGCGAGGACCCAGAGGAGCCCGCGGCCCCGGCGCAGGUGGCCUUGUCGGUCACUGAGUUUGGACUCAUUGGCAUCGGGGACGUGAAUCCCUUCUUGGCUGGCCAUCCAGCGUGCCCGGCCCCCGGGCUGCACUCGGAGCCCCUGUCACACUGCAACGUGAUGACCUGUUGAUCCCUGCCGUGGGCGGGCUGUGUGGCCCGCACGGGACUUGAGGGCACCACCCGGCCUGCCCCCAUCUUCCUGAGCCCUCCCCAGCUUGGGCUGGGUUGCCACCUUCUCUGCUUUCGAACGAAUACUGGGACCAGGGUGAGGUGGCUGGGCCUCUGGCCCUUGCCCUUCCACCCAGACUGGACCCUGGGCCACUACCACCCAGCUCCAGGCUGUACUGCACCCUGGGAUCCACUGGGCAUCCGGUCUCAGAGAGGGCCUGACCCUCGGGAGUCAGGGCAGAGCUGGCCUCCUGGCCCCUCGUAGGCAGCAGAGGCAAGGGCAGACAUCACUGCCCCCGGGGAGGUGGGCAGGACAUACUGCCUGCACCAGCAGCUUCUGCCUGGGUGGCCUCAGCACCAGUCAGCUCUGUCCCUGAUGGGACAGGGCUGCAGGCUGCCCUGCCUGGGCUUGGUGCCAGCUCUGCUUAGUGCCGGAUCUUGGGGUGCAGAGCCAUAUACCUCGCUUUCUGUCCGGCCUCCCUGCCCUCGGCCCCUGCCCACGGCCCCUGCCCACAGCCCCUGCCCACGUCUCCACUUCAGGAAUUGCCGCACUUUAUGCCUACCUGCCUCCCGCCUUUCCACCCAUCCUGACCCCGAGCGACUGGUGGGGUCCUUAGCAAGCCCCGGGGUGGGGAGGGUUUGAGGAGAUUGGUGGCCCACCCCCUUGCUGCCCUUUCCCCCUCAGCACCAAGGCUGGUUGCUUCAGAAGUGCUGCUAUCGCCUGCACCGAGGCCGGACUCCAGCGCGCUUGCCUGCCCCCCCAACCCCCUGCAGUUCUUUGUCAAGGUGUCCCAGCAGAUGGCCGGGAUCCUGUCUUCUUUCCGGCCUCCUCCCUCUAUUUAUGUUGGUGUUUACAAGUCAGAGUGGUCCUCUGGCCAGGUGGACAGCUCACCUGGAAUUGUGGGGCAGGGUCUUGUGGGCUCUCUGUAGCCGCACAUGGCCACCUUGCCCACCAAGGACCACACCGUGCAGUGAAGCUGCCUUCACCCCUUCCGCUGUUUUAUUUAUUAAAUCUGAUUUGAAUCCCA